AUGCCGCUGCCUCAGUCCAAGAACAAAGUCGGCCUCGGUCGUGCCCUGGCAAAUCGAAAGGUCAAGGACGCCCAGUCCAAGAACUCGUCCGAGUUCCACACCACCGACAUCAACAACUACGGCUCCACCUCCAACCUCCGCUCCGUCACCCACGAGGGCGACCUCGAAGAGUUCCUCAACACCGCACAGCUCGCAGACGCAGACUUUACCGCAGAGCGCAGAAACGUUACCGUCAUCUCCGCGCCCUCAAAGGACCGCAGGAGGCACAACCCCUACCUCCUCACCGGACAGGAGGAGCGCGAGGUCCUCGCAAAGCAGGCACUCAACAAGGAACGCCUCCGCGUGCCCCGCAGGCCCGCCUGGACCUCGGCCACCACCCGCGCACAGCUCGAGAGGAAGGAAAAGGACUCCUUCCUCGAGUGGCGCAGAGGACUCGCCGAGCUCCAGGAGGGCGUCGGACUAGUCCUCACGCCCUUCGAGCGCAACAUCGAGGUGUGGAGGCAGCUCUGGCGCGUCAUUGAGCGCUCCCACCUCGUCGUCCAGAUCGUCGACGCCAGAAACCCGCUCCGCUUCCGCUGCGAGGACCUCGAAAAGUACGUCCAGGGACUCAACAUCGCCACGUCCGAGGGACAGGGCUACGUCGACGAGGCAAACGGCGAAAGGGGAAAGCGGAGAAACCUCCUCCUCAUCAACAAGGCCGACCUGCUCGACGACCAGCAGAGACGCGAGUGGGCCAAGUACUUUGACGCGCAAGGGAUUCAGUAUGCCUUCUUCAGCGCGCUCAACGCCGCUGCGCUGCAGGCCGCUCGCGCCGAAGAGGAGCAGAGAUUGGCCGACGAGGCCGCGCUAGCCGCUGAGGAAGCGGAGCGGAAGAAGCAGCAGGGUGAGGACGAGGACGAGGACGAAGAGGACGAGGAAGAGGCGGACGGCGAGGAUGACGACGGGUACGAGGGGGAGGGACAGGAGAAUGGGUCGAACGACGUCGACGAGCAGCUCGCGAAUGCGACACAGGCAGUCGACCUCGGUACCCGGGACGCCAAGCCGCUCGUCGGUCAAGAGGCCGCCGACCGGCUCGAUGCGCGACGAGGGCAGCCCGUCAAGGACGCCCUCGUCUCGGAGCAGCAGCACGGCCAGGACGACGCCGUCGAUGCCGCCCUCUCCACCGCCGCCACCGACCUGGAGCCGAGCACGGACCCGUGCCGCGUGCUUAACGUCCUCGAGCUCGAGGAGCUGUUCAUGGCGUGCGCCCCGCCGCUCGAGGAUUUCGCCAUCGAGGGAGCGCCCGCACCCAGCAAGCUCGUCGUCGGUCUGGUGGGCUACCCCAACGUCGGCAAGUCUUCGACAAUCAACGCUCUGCUCGGCGAAAAGAAGGUAUCGGUCUCGGCGACGCCCGGAAAGACCAAGCACUUCCAGACCAUCCACCUGUCGCCCGAGACGGUGCUGUGCGACUGCCCCGGUCUCGUCUUCCCGCAGUUCGCCACCACCUCGGCCGAGCUCGUGACCGACGGCGUGCUGCCCAUCGACCAGAUGCGCGAGUUUACCGCGCCCGCCGAGCUGGUCGCCAAGCGGAUCCCCAAGGACAUCAUCGAGGCCACCUACGGCAUCCGCAUCGACACGCUGCCCGAGGAAGAGGGCGGCACCGGCGUGCCGACCGGCCUGGAGAUGCUCCACUCGUACGCCAUCGCCAGAGGCUACACGCGCCAGGGCCAGAGUGGCGCCGACGAGUCGCGCGCGGUGCGCUAUGUCCUCAAGGACUACGUCAACGCAAAGUUGCUCUACAACCACCCGCCGCCCGGCCUUGACGGCGACGAGUUCAACGCAGCGCAGCGGCAACGCAUCCGCGCCGCGCUCGCCGCGCGACGCCAGGAGGCCGCAAAGGCCGGCGGCGGCGGCGGCAACGCGGCUGCGGCCGAAGAGCGGCUGCAGGGUCAGUUCGGGGACGACGUCGAUCUCGACGAUCUCGACGAGGCGGACCUCGACGCCAUGAUUGCGGCCGCUGCGACGCGCAACCGUGCCACGCCGACGGCGCGGCCGAGCGCAAAGUCGCUCGCCCUCGACUCGGCCUUUUUCGACGCCUUUGCCAGCUCCCGGCCCAACAUCCAGGGCCGCAAGGGCAUGGGGGGCGUCGAUGCGAUCCGAGGCAAGAUUGCCAACGACGGCACCAGCGUCGGCCCAGAGGCGACGACGGCCAACCUGAUGGCUGCCAAGGCGGGCAAGAAGCACCACAAGGCCAACAAGCGCAAGAAGCAGAGGAGCGGUGCCGGGUUCGACUGA